AUGCGCAUAUUGAAGUACAACUACCGGUUAUUGGAAGGUGCCCAAACCUGGUCAGACUGGUGGGGUUAUGAAGGUAUAUCAGGUCCAGAAUACUGGGGUAAACUCAACCACGAGUGGACACUCUGUGACAUAGGAAAACAACAAUCACCUAUCAAUAUCGAUCCUAAGUUACUGGUUUAUGAUCCUAAUCUGAGGCCAUUUAAGAUGGAAAGAAAACGGGUGGAUGGUAUUGUCUUAAACACGGGUCGAGAUGUUACCUUGAAUUUACUGGAAUCAAAGUCCAAUUGUAUAUCAAUACUAACCGGUCCAAUAUCCUAUCGAUAUAGAGUGUCCCAACUGAAGAUACAUUUCGGAACCCUAGAUUCUAGUGGCUCAGAACAUACCAUUAGUGGCCAAUAUUUUACAGCUGAGGUACACAUCCUUGCCUACAACAGCGACCUCUACAACAACUUCACUCACGCUAUUCAUUCUCCACAUGGAUUAGCAACGGUCGCCAUUUUUGCUACAAUUGGUGAUAAACCAAACAAUGAAUUCGAAGUGCUUUCAAAAGAAUUUCAAAAUAUUUUAUUUAAAGGUCAAGAAAGAAAUAUAUCGGAAAUAUUACUAGCUGACCUUCUACCCCAAACGGAACGAUAUAUGACCUAUGAAGGUUCGCUCACACAACCCGGCUGUCAAGAGACCGUCACGUGGAUAUUGCUAAACAAACCCUUAUACGUCACAAAAGAGCAGAUGAGGGCUUUACGUAGACUGAGUCAAAUGGACAUACCCAACAAAUUGAUCGGAGACAAUGUUAGGCCAACAAGACCUCUAAACCGAAGGACGAUUCGAACGAACAUUAACCCACAUGAUGAAUUAGGAGAAUGUACAAUUAAAAGAGAAAUGUUUUAUCAAGAACCAUUAAUUGCAUUCGACAUCAUUCCAAGAGGGAUUACCGAGCCUUGUUAAUCGACAAAUCCUACGGGACUGGUGAACUAGAACAAUUCAUAACAACACACACACACACACAUACAUCCAAACACAAGCACUAAUACUACAUCUAUAUGCAUAUGAGCAUAUAAAGACACCGACAUAUAUAAAUAUAUGAAUACAUAUAUAUUUAUAUAUG